AUGGAUCGUAGUUGGAUGAGUGCUAACCGCGCUAGUGAAGAGUAUACUAAAGGAGUAGACGAGUUUAUACAAUUUGCUUUUGAAAAACUUCCUAAUAAUAAUGGAAAGUUUUAUUGUCCUUGCGUUAAAUGUUUCAACGGAGGCCCAUUCCAUUUCGAGCUAAUAAUAGAGCAUCUUAUUUGUCAUGGGAUUUGCCAAAAUUAUACCAAAUGGAUAUGGCAUGGUGAGUCGGUAAACAAUAUAAGCGGGUCAAAAAGAAAGGAAGUAGAUGUAGAUAUGGAUGGUUAUCGGCUAGAGGACAUGAUUCGUGAUAUCGGCCAAGAGUCUUUUCAACAAGCGCAUGUGUACGACAAUUUGUGCCGUGACAAAGAAGAGCCUUUGUAUCCGGGGUGCACAAACAUGUCACUGCUGGCUGCGGUGCUGAGAUUGUUCAACUUGAAAGCGAGACAUGGAUGGACAGAUAAAAGCUUCACUGAAUUGCUUGAGCUGUUGAAAGAAAUGUUGCCGGAAGGUAACACAUUGCCCAAUCGUAACUAUGCGGCUAAGAAGAUAUUGUGUCCGAUGGGUAUGGAGUAUAAGAUAAUACAUGCUUGCCCAAAUGAUUGUAUAUUGUACCGAAAUGAGUUUGAAACAUUGAAGAAGUGUCCUAGGUGUGGGCUAUCACGCUACAAAGUGAAGGACAAUGAUUUUGAUUAUGAGAGAAAACGUGAUGGGUAUCUUCGUCAUCCGGCUGAUUCUUUGCAAUGGAAGAAAAUUGAUGAUUUAUAUCCGGAAUUCGGGAAAGAGAAAAGAAACCUUAGGCUUGGACUUGCUACAGAUGGAAUGAAUCCGUUUGGAAACUUAAGUAGUAACCAUAGUUCAUGGCCCGUUCUCCUAGUUAUCUACAAUCUGCCUCCUUCAAUUUGCAUGAAGCGCAAGUACAUGAUGUUAUCCAUGAUGAUUUCAGGCCCUAAGCAACCAGGAAAUGACAUAGAUGUUUAUCUCAAGCCAUUGAUUGAAGACUUAAAAUUACUUUGGGAGGAAGGAGUUGAUGUGUUUGAUGCCCAUUCUCGUGAUUAUUUCAAGAUGCGUGCAAUGUUAUUUUGCACCAUCAACGAUUUUCUUGCAUAUGGGAACUUGUCUGGUUAUAGUGUUAAGGGACAUAAAGCAUGUCCUAUAUGUGAAAAACACACUUGCUACCACCAAUUGAAACAUGGAAGGAAGACAGUUUACCUUGGACAUAGGAGAUUUCUCAAACUUAAUCACCCAUAUCGUAGGUUGAGAAAAGCUUUUAAUGGACACCCAGAAUGGAAAAUUGCUCCGAAAGCCUUAACUGGAAAACAAGUUUUUAAACAGUUGAAAGGUGUCAAUGUUAUAUUAGGGAAGAAAGACAAAAAUUCUGUUGAGAAAAAUAUAUGGAAGAAGAGGUCUGUGUUUUUUGAUCUUCCUUACUGGUCUAUACUAGAUGUUAGACAUUGUAUCGAUGUGAUGCAUGUUGAAAAAAAUGUUUGUGAUAGUGUAGUUGGAACACUUCUCAACAUUAAUGGAAAAACAAAAGAUGGUGUGAAUGCUCGUCUAGAUAUGCUUGAGAUGGGUAUAAGACAACAAUUAGCUCCACAGCCAGACGGUAAACAAACUUAUUUGCCUCCAGCUUGUUACACCCUGUCAAAAAAUGAGAGAAAAAGAUUUUGUGAGUGUUUGCAUAAUAUAAAAGUGCCACAAGGUUACUGUUCAAAUGUGAAGAGUCUCGUCUCUUUGAAAGAUUCGAAACUAAUUGGAUUGAAAUCUCAUGAUUGCCAUAUGUUGGUGCAACAAUUUAUACCGGUGGCUAUUCGUGGCAUACUGCCGAAAAAAGUUAGAGAUGUUUUAACUAGGUUAUGCUUAUUCUUCAAUGCUAUUUGUAGCAAGGUUAUAGAUCCUAAAAAAUUAGAUGAAUUGGAAAAUGAGGGUGCAAUUAUCUUGUGCCAACUUGAGAUGUAUUUUCCUCCUUCUUUUUUUGACAUCAUGGUUCACUUAAUUGUUCAUCUAGUGAGAGAGAUUAGGAUAUGUGGUCCUGUUUAUUUGAGAUGGAUGUAUCCAGUUGAACGAUACAUGAAAAUUUUGAAAGGGUAUGUGAAGAAUCAACGUCGUCCAGAAGCAUCUAUUAUUGAAAGAUACAUUGCAGAAGAAGCCAUUGAGUGUUCUUCUAACUAUAUGUCAGAUGCAGCAGCAAUAGGAAUUCCAAAGUCUCGUCAUGAGGGAAGAUGUGCAGGUAAGGGUCGAGGUUUAAAACUUAAAGCCAUGGGGCGUGAGGAAGUACUUCAAGCACAUUUGUAUAUAUUGAAUAACACUGACGAGGUUCAACCUUACCUUGCUGCGCAUAAAGUCAUUGUCAAGGAUAGAAAUCCUAGAAUGAAUGAAAAAUGGCUGUUGAAUGAGCAUAACAAGACUUUCUUAAAGUGGUUUAAAGAUACCAUUUUAAAUGACAAUACAGCUUCUGUUCAAUUAAAUCGGCUAGCAGAGGGCCCUAACUUUGAUGUCAUAACUUGGACUGGUUAUGAUAUCAAUAAUUUUUCAUUCUCUACAAAAACUCAGGAUGACAAGAGUGCAUUUCAAAACAGUGGGGUGAUGGUGGUAGCUGAGGGCAUGCACUUCUCUAGUUCGAAAGAUCAACAUCCGGUUAUGGCAUCCAUACCAUACUUUGGGAUCAUUGAUGAGAUUUGGGAUGUCGAUUUCAUUAAAUUUAAAGUGCCUGUUUUUAAAUGUAAGUGGAUUGCCAUAAACAGUGGAGUUAAAACUGAUGAAUUUGGUUCUAAACUGGUGGACCUUGAAAAGGCAGCUUAUACAAAUGAGCCCUUCAUUCUGGCAUCCCAAGCAAAACAAGUGUUUUAUGUCUGUGAUCCCUCUAGCAAAAAGUGGUCAGUGGUUCUCCAAGGUAAAAACAUGCAUGAUAGUUAA